AAAAUACGGGAUAUUAUCCUGCCAAUUUAAAGAAUAAUUAAAACUGCAUUCUGUAAGAGAAUGAGAAACGCGCCGCCUUUUUCCGGUAACUGUCCUUAACAAGUGUCAAGUGCGGUGAAUCUUCGUUCCGAAGGUAACAUUGCCACUGCAGGAAGUCGUGUAGUUAGUUAUCUUCUACGUCACGUAGCUCAACAAAAAAUAAUAAACCAGUGCGCGCUGUGUUCAGAAGAGAAUCAGUCUGGGCGGGAUCAAAACAAGUAUGGCGGAUGUUUGGAGGCAUUGCUCGUGUUGUGUUCGGCUGAAAUAUACCCCUGAUGAAGCAAUACAGCGAAGACGGAGCAAAAAAAUUGAUCGGAUGCUUAAGAAGGAUAAAAAUAUUAUGAGAAGGCAAGUGAAGCUAUUGCUACUUGGUGCAGGCGAAAGUGGAAAGAGUACGUUUUUGAAGCAAAUGAAAAUAAUUCAUGGUGAUAAUUUUGAUAAUGAAUCUGUAGUCCAGUAUAAAUCUACAAUAUAUCAAAACACUAUUAAGGGAAUGAAAGUCCUUGUUGAUGCUAGAAUAAAGCUGGGCAUUCGAUGGGAAAAUCCUGAAAGUGCUAAAUAUGCCAAUCAUAUUUUAAUGUAUGACAAUAACAUGUAUUUAGAUUUGAAAACUUUCCAAGAUUUUGCCUAUUCCGUUCAAGAACUAUGGAAAGACCAGGCGAUUAAAACAGCUUUCGACCGGCGAAGAGAAUUCCAGCUAGGUGACAAUGUACGCUAUUAUUUUGAAAAUUUGAGCAGACUUGCUAGUCCGGGUUAUGUGCCAUCUAAUUUAGAUAUCCUACAUUCGCGAGCAGCUACAAAGACUGUCUCAGAGUACCUCGUGAUGAUCAAUAACAUUCCAUUUCGUUUUGUUGAUGUUGGAGGACAACGUUCUCAGCGUCAAAAAUGGGUGCAAUGUUUUGAAGAUGUGACAUCUAUAAUAUUUCUGGUCUCUUCAUCAGAAUUUGAUCAAGUUCUUUUGGAAGAUCGGACUACAAAUCGCAUUGUAGAAUCCCGAAACAUAUUUGACACUAUCAUUAAUAAUCGCUAUUUUUCAGAUGUGUCUGUGAUUUUGUUCUUGAAUAAAACAGAUUUGUUACAAGAAAAGUUGUCACAUCGUGAUGUGGACAUUCGCCAAUAUUUCCCUGAAUUUGAAGGAGAUCCUUUUGAUGUUGAAACAGUGCAAUUAUUUUUUGUCGACAUGUUUGAAAGUAUACGAAGGGACCGUAAGAAGCCAUUUUAUUACCACUUUACCACUGCUAUUGAUACUGAAAAUAUCAAAGUGGUUUUUAGUGCUGUGAAAGACACUAUACUACAAAAAAAUAUAAAUCAGUUGAUGCUUCAGUAAAUUAUAUCAUAAUCAAAAUUAUAAUGUUAAUAGAUAUUUUUAUUAUUAUUUAAGCUAAAAUCAAGAUAUAUAUUGCUCUCUAGUGAGAAUUAUUUUAAUGUAAUGUUUAUUCUAAUAUAAAAAAGUUGAAAUGUAAGUAAUUUAUCAGUACCAUUAUACUUAUUAACAGUGAUCAAACAUGACAACCUUUACUUCUAUAAAUGAUCAAUUUAUAUUAUUUUUAUAAAGCCUAUUUGGGAUUUCUCAUUAA